AUGACGACGGCACGUCCGGCGAGUAACGCUGCAAAGCACGCUCUUGCAAGGUCAGCUACCAUUCGCAGCGUUCCCAGCUUCGAUGGCUCCGAAUCUAGUCCAGACAGCAAACGCAGUACCCUUUCCAGCAGCGUCAAUUCCACAGCCAGCGCCACCUCAACCAUGCCAGGCGCCGGUGCCCAACAAGACAAGACCCCAACGACGGCCAAAUUAAGGCAGGACAGCGGAAGCGACACGACGCCGUCAAGAUGGCAUGGCAACGGUGUGCGGGCGAUCGAGCCGUCGCUUCCUCACGACUCAUCAAUAAUAUCGGAAGAAGGGGAAAACGGACAAUGGGACUCGACGAUUGGGAAAGCUGGGCUGGGAAAGACGGGCCGAGUCAUCAACAAGCUUGUUAGCGACAAUGACGCCCUAAAGCGAGAUAUUCAGAUUGAGCGGCUGCGUGCGGAGGAGGCCAAGCAGUCGGCCAAAUUGCUGGAGGACAAGAUGGAGCGAAUGAUGAAUGAGUAUGAGGGCCGAUUGCUAGAAGCGAAUGUUACAAAGACGUUGCUGGCUCGAAAGGAACGCCAAGUAGAGUCAUUAACGGGCACGGUGGAAUUAGAGAAGAGGAAGACACAGGCAGCACAGGAGAGCGAAAGAAGUUGGAAAGAAGAGCUAGACAAGGUGAAAAACGAAUCCAAGGUCCGGGUCGAAGAGGCAACUAGCUAUGCGCAGUUGAUGGAGGGUCGAUACAACGCCAUCUCCUCUCACUGGCGGGAUCAAGGCGAGGAGGUGAAGCGCGCCAUGUCCAAGAUGAAGGGGGAAAUUACGACUAUUGUCGACGAACGCAUAUCCGACGAUGAAAAGAUUUCAACGCUAAGAGACUUGUGCGAGCAACAAGACAACAAUAUCAAAGAACUCAGGAGGGAAAAGGAAGAGAUUGCUCGCCUAUUCGAGGAGUAUAAGAGGACUCAAGAAGAGGACCUCCGAGAUAUCAAGACCAAUGCGAGCAGGAGACAAGAAGAGCAAGAGAAGCAACUGGACGAGGCGAGAGAGGCCUUGCACAAGCUGAAAUGGGCUUUGAACGUCAAACAAAACGUCAAGGACGCGCAAUAG